UAACACAUGAUGGAACAGAAAAAUGGAAGUUCCUUCACUGGAUUCAUUUUACUGGGGUUUUCAGACAGGCCCCAACUGGAAAUAGUCCUCUUUGUGGUAUUGAUAAUUUUUUAUCUCUUCACUUUGCUGGGUAACACCACCAUCAUUGUUCUGUCCUUCCUGGAUCCCAAUCUCCAUACCCCAAUGUACUUUUUCCUCUCCAACCUAAGCUUCCUGGAUUUGUGUUUUACCACCAGCAUUGUCCCACAGUUCCUGGUAAAUCUCAGUGGAGCUGACAAGUCUAUCUCCUUUGCUGGUUGUGUGGCUCAGUUGUUUCUAUCUCUAGGGUUGGGAGGCACAGAAUGUGUGCUCUUAGUAGUCAUGUCAAUUGAUCGCUACGCUGCUGUGUGCAGGCCUCUUCACUAUACAGUCAUCAUGCACCCUCGACUCUGCGUCCUGAUGAUUUUGGUUUCCUGGAUCUUUGGUUUAUCCAACUCCUUAGUGCAGACUGUACUCAUCUUCCGUUUACCACUUUGUGGGAGAAACAAAUUAGAUCAUUUCCUUUGUGAGAUCCCUGCAUUGCUGAAGAUCGCUUGUGUUGACACCAGUAAUAUUGAGGCUGAACUCUACUUUGCCAGUUUUGUCACUCUUGUUUUACCUCUUAUUUUUAUUGUGUUCUCCUAUGGUUGGAUCGUGAGGGCCAUUUUGAGAAUCAAAUCUGCAGCCGGACAGAGAAAAGCCUUUGGGACAUGUGGCUCCCACUUCAUCGUGGUGUCUCUGUUCUUUGGCACAGCCAUCUAUGCUUAUCUGCAGCCCAGCAGCAACUACUCUCAGGAUCGGGGCAAGUUCACAACUCUCUUUUAUGGCAUUUUUACUCCCACGAUGAAUCCCCUGAUCUAUACCCUGAGGAACAAGGAUGUGACGGGAGCAAUGAGGAAAGUGCUUAGGAAGGAUCGUGAUUCCAGAUGA